AUGGCCUCCGCCACUCAACCGCCAGAGUCACAGUCCCUAAAGCGUCCUGCAGAGGCAGAUACGCAGCCACCCCGGAUGAGUAAAAUCGCACGCCAAGGCAGUUAUGGUACCAUCCUCGUCAGAGUCGGCACCUCAAAAAAGUCAUACCUGCUCCACACCGACUAUCUCUCGCACUACUCAACCCUCUUCAAGCUACGCCUAGCACACGAUGCUCCGAUAUAUCUCCAAAAUGUAGAGCCCGAAGUCUUCGACAUCUUCAUCGACUGGCUGUACACGCAAAAGCUACCAGAACCCUCCGAAUGGGACUGCCUGCUCGUAGCCCAAUGCCUAGACUUUGCAGGCCAAUACCUGAUCCCCCUAUUCGAAGAAGCCGUUGGAAACGCGUUUGUCGAUAAGGCGUUCGAGAGAGGAAUAACCCCGUACUACCCGACCGUCAUUUUCGCAUACACGAAGCUUCUCCGACACACUGAUGCCUCAGACCGCUUGAGGCGUCUACUCGUGGACUAUCACUGCGAUAAAUACAGACCGGGGGAAGUUCAUAACGCCGAACCUGGGAUGAAACUGGAGGAUGAGACGGCGGAACAGAUUCCAAUCGCUUUUUGGAAGGCGGUUAUGGAUCGAAGGAAUAUCAUGGGCAUGUGA